AUGCAAUCCGUUCCACUUACAGUCAGGACUCAACAAAACCAAAUAUCGCCAUUAGGUCAUCCAACAGGUCAGCAACAGAUGCGUACUUUGAGUUUGCCUCAUGUGCCUCACAACAUAAUGGUAGGGCAGUCUAAUUUUAACCAAGUGUUCCCAUCUCCACACCUGCAACUACCAGGGAUGGCUCAAAAUAACUACACAUACCAACCUUCUGGAGUGACAAACCAGGUUAUCUUCAAUGAGAGAGGUCCCUUGACACCACCACAUAUACCCACACAUUCGUAUGCGGGACCUCAACCAAGAAUCGUACCACCUCCAGUUUACAAUUUGCCUCAACCACAGAGUUUACUCACUCCAGAGAUGGUAAAGGUAGAUGACACCAUCUCCCCUAUCUUACCACCUUUGCAUAACACGGAGGACAGGAGACACUCUGUGAGUAUCGCUGUUUUGCAACAACCAGAAAAUCAAAACAAUACACCAGUGCCAACGUCUCAUUCUCAAACACAACUAGUAACUUUUUCAGAUGGUGAACAUUCAAUGAGCGGGAAAUCCGGUAUUAAGAUAAAGAAGGAGACAGUGGACGCGCCCUUCGGGAAGGCAAUCUACAACACUGGUGAGAAAUACAAUACUGCGGGACAACUGAUCGGUAAGUCUGGGAAACUGGUACGUGACACAAAGAGAGCUGCACAGAACAGGUCUGCUCAAAAGGCAUUCAGACUACGCCGUGAAAAAUACAUUAAAAACUUAGAACAAAAAUCGAAAAUCUUUGAUGACAUUGUACGGGAGAACCAACAACUCAAGGAACAACUCAACUCUCUAACGAGCCGCUUGCAACAAUAA